GAGACUCAACAACCUGCAGACUGUCCUCAGAGACCACCAUCACAUCCAGCAACCAUCCAGCCAGCCGACCAAUCACAGCAGGCAGACGCUUCUGGGCCAUCCAGCCAGCCGACCAAUCACAGCAGGAAGACGAUUCUGGGCCAUCCAGCCAGCCGACCAAUCACAGCAGGCAGACGCUUCUGGGCCAUCCAGCCAGCCGACCAAUCACAGCAGGCAGACGUCUGUGGGCCAGCGUCCAGCUCUCCGAGCCUCUCUCCAGUCAUGGUGUUCCCUCGGCUGUUGGCUUCAUUGAUCCUUCUUCUCUACUGGACGACAUCCUCAGCUGAAUCACAUGAUCCCACAUCUUCCGUCAUCUCACCAUCCUACAGGGUGAAGAGAGACCAACCUUUCGAAAACAGAGAAAAAUGGGAAAAAUCUUUAGCAGCUUUAUCAGCGGCAAAAGAAGUCCUCCCUUUAAUAAAAAAAGGGAUUGAAAAGAUUGAUAUCAAAAAGUUGACAGCUGUGAUGAACAGUCUUGCCAACAUCGCCAGCUUGGCACCCGGCAUCGGAAGCCUGAUCUUCUCUGUUGUCAACAUGGUCUUGAUCUUCAUCCCUCAGGAUGACCCGGUGCUGAACGAGGUGAAGAAAGGGUUUGCUGAAGUGAACAGAAAGUUGGACUCAAUCUCCAUCCAGAUCUCCAACCUGGCAACAGACGUCGAAUGGUAUAACUACGCCAGCGUUUACUCUCAAGACGAGCUCCGCAUCCUCAACGCCUGGAAGAAGUUCAAUGAUCUUCUCCAGAACAGUCAGUUGGUAACAAAUGAAGAUCAGAAACUCCGACUGGCAGAGAUAUUCACCAACUACUAUGAGAACACAGGAACUGAGGCCAGUGUGGCCAACUUCUACCAUUACCUGACGGUCAAUGACACGUCUCUCAGUGGAAACCUCAACGUACUGCUGAGGAAGAAGUUUAAAUGUGACUUUCAAGAGAUUGGCAAAUAUAAUGUCUAUUUCAGUCGUUUGCUGUGGCAGGGGAUGGUGCUGAACCAGUUCUACUGGAAACUGAUCGGGUUGGAUUCAUCAGGUAUAGAAGCCAAACACACCAAGAUGUUCAACGAUGUCUACGCAGCUCAGAAAUCAGCUCUGGAAGCCGAAUGCCUGGACAACUAUGAGCACUACCUGGAGGAAGACGUGAUGGAGAUCAGCAAAGGACUCAGUGCUGACAACACAACAGCCAUCGCUGUUCAGGUGAAAGAGUUUCUGGAUAACAAGUACUUCUGGUACAACUGGGUGGUGAUGGUGUAUACAGAUGAACAUACAAAGCAUAAGUUAUUUAAUAUGAUAAAGAUCCCUGUGGGUACAAUCACUGUCAAUGUGGGCUACACUCUGAAAGCAGAGGAGAUAAAUAUGCAAGAAGUAACAGAUAAGCUGGUUAAAUGCCACAACGACAUGUGGAAAUACUCAAUGAAAGCUUGUGAUCAGAUUUCAUUUAAUAUAAAAACUUGCGAUCAUUACGGUGAGCAUUUUAGACAGUAUGUUAAAGUGAUGCACGCUAGUAUUCAAAAUGACUUUGUUCAAGUCCCAAAAGCCCUGGAGGUUUCUGAUAAACUUGAUUGUACGCUAUCUGAAUAUAGUGUUUUUAGUCAUCACAAGCUCUAUGUCUAUUACUCCCGAAACAUCUCUCCCUGCCACGAAGACACAUGUGAGAACGGGAAGUGUAGGCGGCUGCUGAACUCCAACGAAUAUUUGUGUGAGUGUCCUCCUAGUUACCAUGGAGACAGAUGUGAAAAAGAGAUUGAGAACCAAACUGUCCCAGCUAUUAUCAAAGGCCAGACUGUGCCUGACAUCACUACCAUCAACGCCAAACUGAAAAGAUUCUAG